UCUGCUAAGUUUUGUGGUUUCAACAUAGUAACUACUUCUAUUUUGAGUCAGCACUUCAUCUCUAAAUAAAUAUGCGGAGACUUGCAGCGCGUAUUGUACUUCUAUUUUAUCUGUUCACUACAUCUCUGAAUAAAUAUGCGGAGACUUGCAGCGAGUAUUGUACUUCUAUUUUACAACAUUAUACAUCUAUAGUUCUGUAACUUGUAUACACUGUUUUUGAAUUUGGCAGAAUUGUGCGUUGUGCAAGAUGAUACCCGAAGUUGGUAUGCGGUUUAGAGAUUCGGAUGAGGCUUGGGAAUUCUGGGUAGAAUAUGGCAGUCGCAUUGGUUUUGAUGUGAGGAAAAGAAAUACCAUCAAAAGCAGAACUGAUGGAACGAUCACUUCAUGCAGAUUUGUUUGUUCCAAGGAAGGCAUUCGAAGGAAAAAUCAAAUAGACCAUGAGCCGAAGCGUAUUAGAGCUGAAACAAGAACCAAUUGUACAGUUCGGAUGAUUGUUUCAUUUGAUCGAGUGGCCAAAUUUUUCGAAGUCACUGAAGUAUAUUUGCAGCACAAUCACCUCCUUCAUUUGCCACAAACCUGUCACUUGUUGGCAUCACAAAGGAAGAUUUCAGAUGUGCAAGCAAAUAGAUGAAUUGCUUAGAGCUGAAUGUUAUAUGAGAGAUGUCUUUAGCUUGGGAGUGAGAAGCACACAAUUAAGUGAGAGCUUUAACAAUGCGUUGAAAAAUCAUUUGAAAUCAGAUUUUCAUAUUCUUCGGUUCUUGAUGCAUUUUGAGAGGACGGUGGAAGUAAAAAGAACAAAGGAAUUGCAAUCUGAAUUCAAUGAAAGAAAAUAUAUUACCAAGAGUUAAGAUGUUCACUCCUAUGUUGGUGGAAGCAAGCAAAGUGUACACUUCAAUUAUAUUUGAAGCUUUCCAAGGUGAGUAUGAAAGAUCAACGGCUGCAUGUUGUAGAGUAUUGGAUGGAAAUAACAGAUUUGCCGUUGCUAUUGCGAGUUUGCAUGGUGAUUUAGAGUUUGAGGAGGAGCGCAUUGUGAUAGGUGAUCCUUUGGCCAAAACGGUUUCAUGUAGUUGUGGAAUGUUCAAUAGGACGGGGAUAUUGUGUGGACAUGGUCUAAAAGUCCUUGAUUUGAUGAAUAUAAAGACAUUGCCGACACAUUAUGUCUUGAAGAGAUGGACUAGAGAAGCUCGCAAUGGAAGUAUACAAGAUAAGGAAGGAAGGAAAGUGGUAGAAAAUCCUAAACUUGAAUCUCAACUUCGGUACAGGGAUUUGUCUCAUCAAUUUCACAAUGUGGCACAUAGAGCAGCCAUCUCCCCACAGUGUUGUUUGCUAUUGGCCAAUGCACUUGCCUCCGUUGCAGCUAGCAUACAGGAAAUACUCAAUACCACUAGUGCUAUGGAUGAACCAUAUAAAGACAAAGAGAAUGUUGACCCAAAUGUGCAGCAAAUAGAUGAAUUGCUUAGAGCUGCACAACUAAAGAAAAAAGAGGUUCCGGCAACAAAAUUAAGGAGAAAGAAAACUUGGAUUGAUAAGUUACUCAAGGGGAAGCGUAUACCAUUGAAAGCUACCGCGCCGACCAAGACGGGAGAAAAUCUAAAAAAGAAGAAGGAUGGUGUGCAGAAAAAGAAGAAGGAUGGUGUGCAAAAAAAGAAGAAGGAUGGUGUGCAACAAAAGAAGAAGGAUGAUGUGCAGCCUCAAGUACUAAUGGAGAAGUGUGACAACACCAAAGGAGUAAAUAUGGAGCCCCAAGAAUGCAAUGCUAUCAUGAGUUUCACCCAGCUCUUGACGGCUCCGCCUUGUGGUGAGGAUGAUCUGUUCUAGCGUGCAAGCUCGCUAGAGGUAUUUUGGACAUAGUUAAGUAUAGUAUUUUGCGUAACUAUAGUAGUCUUUUGGGGCCCAAGUGUACAAAUCAAAUGGCACUAAAUGGCUGUUAAGAGCUCACUGAAUUCACUGGAAAGUGGUACUGAAUCUUCAAAUCAUGUACUUCUGAAUUACUUGUGAUAAACUGGGUUGUUUGAAUCUAAAUA